AUGCUGGCUAGCAAGCUGGAUGAUAUCCAUGGAAAGAGGAGAGCGACAAACGAUAGCAGCCGAACGACUACAGCGAACAGUCCAACGUCGCUGAAGAGUGCAUCGUCGGUGUCUGGCGACAGUGGUCUUGUGUUGGACGAUCAACAAACAGCGACGACGACGGCACGAAAACGGAGUACCGGGGGUAAUGCUCAACAAUUUCAGCACGGCUCGGAUACUGCUGCCGUAGCAGUAUCAGCAGAACACUCUCAGAAUGACAUGGAGGAUGAGCCCGCAGCGAAUUCCAAUCACAUCACCUCUGCUCACACAGGUGUAAGCGCAGUCUUGCAACAACUUGAACAACUCAUCAUCUCAGACGAUUGGAUCAACAGGAAUCAACCUGUUGUGACGCUCAGUGACGGCGCAUCGUCGAAAACGACGAAUGUCAAAUCAAGAUCGGAAGGACCACGUCUCAGUGAUCUUGGUCGUACACUAGUAACGUCGUCAUCGUUGAAGUCCUACAUCGACCUUUUGGGCGCUCAACACCGGCAGAGUAUAGCCGCAUGGCUGUACGGCAACACAUCGCUGACGCUGUCGAAUUUAUUUCGUUUUCCAGAUGGCAAUUUGUAUUGUUCAGAUACAGAAUCAGCAUUAACCAAUUCUUUGAAGAAUGGAAUAGGUUUUGCGGUUCGACUCGCACUUCGUGCCAGAUAUGGUGUGGAACGCUUGGCACAAGGCUGGAAGACAUUCGCAGAAAUGGGCGCACCCGUAGUGUAUGUUUCACCAGCCGUUCAUCUUGAUCUGAAAAUGUAUUUGGCGAACGAAUUGGCGAUUUCGGAUGUGGUAGAGUUGCCGAAAGCUGAAGGUGAUCUGUCGAAUGUGGAAGGGCGAAUUGAUUUGAUCGCAUUCGAACGGCAAUUAGAUGCCGAUUUAGCGGCGGGUAAACAACCAUUACUAGUGAUUGGUGUGGUUGGUUCACCGAUCCUUGGCCAGAACGAUGUUAUCAGUCGCUUGUUGGAGUUGAGACGCACGAAGUGCACGUUUUGGAUUCAUGUGGUUGGUCAGGGUUUGGCAGCGCUCGGCCUAAAAGAACCGAACAAAAUGUUAGUGGAAAUUCUAUGCAAAGUGGACAGUGUGACGAUACCGUUAGCAAUGUGGCUCGGCAUACCGGCUGCACCGGUUGUAACGUUAUAUCGUGCAGUGGAAGGCUACAAGCCGUCCUAUCGCGAGAAGUUAGAUGCGUUGCCGUGGUGGGUUGCCACACAGCAUUUGACACCGAAACGAAUAACACUGGCCAUUGAGAACGCUUAUUUUCUGAGUAAAGCAAUGCUGAAAGGUUUAUCAGCGUUUUCGGAGAUCGAAAUUCUUGGUAUCGAAAAUCCAGCAGAUUUCGUGAAUCGCGUUUAUAAAGGACAAUAUUUUCCGUUGAACGUUCUCAUCUUCAAAUACAGAUACGCCGAAUUGGAUUACCUCAAGAAGGCAAGUUUGAGAAAAAUAACGAAAUGUUCGUUGACGCCGUCGUCGUCGUCGUCGUCUUCAAGCGUGAAUGAAGCAAAAAAUGAGGACGUCACUAGUGAAGAAGACGCGUUCGAAAAGGAAUAUCGUGAGGCGUUGGAAUAUGCAGAUUCGUUGAACUGUUGGCUUGGCCAAGGUCUUAUAACAGAAUGCGCUAAUUUGGGCUUACAAAUGGUUCAAUUACGUGGUGGUUAUGGAACAGCGUUUCGAUUUUGCCCGCUGGAAAGUGCAGCUGCGAACUCAACAGCGGUUGAACACAUCCAGAAGUUUGUGGGGCAGUUAGAAACAACGCUGAAUAUUGUUGGGUCGACGGUGUCCGCGCGGAAACGUUUCGAGCACCUGAAAGAGCAGUAUCCAUCGUUGGCGAUAUUCCCCAUCAAGAAAUGGGCCGGUGUGGGCGCGGUUUGUUAUGUACCGUCGAUAGUGAAGGAGACAAGUGCAGAGGAAUGGAACGAAAAACAGAAACAACAGGUGUCGCAUUUGAACAUCGAAUUGGUGCAUUCAUUGCGUGCAUUGGACAGUGCAUUUGCAUCGGGUGAAUGUGAUAAAUUCGGUGUUACGUGUGUGAAAUUUGGUAUGUUGUCGGACGAGAAGGACUUGAACGAUUUGAUGCGUCUGGUGGCCGAACGAGGCAAGGAGAUUGAACAGUCACAGCAGUAUAUGGACAGCUUAGCGGAGAUGAUUCGACAAGGAAUUGAAGCGGCCAAUGAGGAUCUGAAACGAGAGAACGACGCACGUAUAAUGCAAGAGGGGGUGAUGCGUCAAAUUCCGUUGAUGAGUUCAUUGGUCAACUGGUUUUCGCCAUUGGACAGAGAGGCGCAGAACAUCAAGGGACGUUCGUUCGAUUUGAAAACUGGUCAGAUUCACUCGACAGAUAUCUACUACAGACAUCAUAAAAGGCAGAGUGUUGACGAGCAGCAACUAUCGAACGUGGCCUCACAAGAGCCACACCUAAGUCAUAUGACUGGUGGUGAUAGCAGCGAUGCAAAACAGGCAGCAGCUGACGAGUGCGAUCAGGUGGAGAGCGCAGCAGAAGGGCAGGAGACGAGCGGCUCUGGUUCAGGCCUCAAAGAGCAGCAACCUAGACGCCUCUCGAGUGCAGCGCAUAGAAGAACGCCUGAGAUCGGUAUCGCUCAAAACAGUGCCAACGUGUCAUCCUCGGAAGCAGAGAAGGAUGUUCAAUAA